AAGCUGGAAAAUGACUCCAUUCCCUCUAUUUCACACAUCCUAACACGCAUACCUGGAAUCAACCCGCUCCUCGAAACAUACACGCUUCCACUUUGUGACGCGCACGGCUCCCCGCAUACUCUGAACCUCCGGCCAAACACAACAGAGAAAGCACAAGCCGUGGUGUGUACAGUCAUGCAAACAUCUGGAAUUAUGAACCAGAGCUCUGUGCGCCGCAACCUCUUCCAUGGGAACCUCAGCCGCCGACCUGCCUCCGCAGGACCACCCAAUGGCGCGAUCCCUCAGAACCACAGCGGCCUUUCCAAUCGCCCCUCACACCGGCUGAAGCCUACAUCCUCAGACUCGGGGCCGCAUACUCGACCAUUCAAAACUGUGGAGAACAAAGAUAUUGUGGUUCGGGACAAGAAUGGCAGCUACAAGCUUGAGAUUCCGACAUUGCCGCAUGCUCUGGUUGGAGAGGAUGGAGAGGAGCUGGCUGAGCUUGCGCCAGAGGGUGGAGGAUUCGAUUCUUCAGAUCUCACUGGACAUGACAAAGAGAAGUUCGAGGCAGCUCUUGUGGAGAUGAUGGUUCGGCACCGGACCAGACAAUCCAACGGUGAACCUGAUGAGAUUCUAGAUAUGGUGCACGAGAGCCUACGCAAAAAGGUAGCAUCAUUGGAUGACGAUAAUUGGAUGUUUGAGCCUGAGAAGGACUCGAUUUCUAACUAG